AUGUCACAACAAAAUCAAUUCAACGGAAGUUCAUUUGAUCUCUCUCAAAAUGGUCGCCUAUCUAACCAAGUAUCUCAACAGGAAUGGUUAUUCAUCGAUGAAUCUUCCACAAUAGCAUCACCUAAACCUAAAAGACCUUGUGACCUCUCAAAUCUUUUGGUUAUUGUCCCAUUUCCUCCAAAGGUUGAUCCAUUGGAUCUUAUAAGACGUAAUAAACACGGGGAAUUACUUGCUCGUUCUACUAAUAAAUUUUUAAUUUAUCGUAACGAGUAUGCAAAACAACUUCAUUCUCAAGGAUAUAGACUUUCAAUGAGAGAAGUUUCGAAAAUGGCCUCGAAAGCUUGGAAAAAAGAAGAAAGGAGAGUUAAGAGAAAAUAUGAAGAAAUUGCACGAGAGGUUGAAAGAAUUCAUGUAAGAUUAGCAAUGUCAGAUAAUUCUAAGCAAGAAUUAAAGAAUAAAAGUAAAUUAAACGGGGAUCGUAUUGCGAAACAAACUACGAAUGAACAUGAGAAGAUGCAACAACGAUUUUAUGAUAAAAUACAACUUAAGCAAGAAACACGAAAUGGAAUGGAUGUUUCGACUAGUGGUCCCUGUUCAGUUUUUCGUGAGAGUGAUGAUGAUUCCGUAACCAGUGAAACGCAGUCUCAGCAAAUAGAAUCUAUAGAACCUAUUAUACCUUCUCAAAGAUAUGAUGCGUCACCAAUACUCUCACCAAUAAUGCAUUAUACUGACGCACAAGAAACACAACCUACUUAUUUUUUUGAACAAGAAACAGAUAAUGAUCAGCUCUUUCAACUUUAUAAUAAUAAUCAAAUUUCAUUUUCACAUCUUGAUAAUGCAUUAACACAUUCACAAAUAGAUAAUUUCAUUAGUCUUA